UCGUGCUUGCUUACCACCCGCCUGCUCAAGACAUUUUUCCGCAAUCGGCCGUUCAAUCUCGUCGGGUUUGAUAUCCAUGACGCCAAAAAGGCUACAACACUUCUCCCAAAGCGUUAGUUCCUACCAGUUUCGAACAUAUGCAGAGAAGAUUGUGAAGGUACCUCAGAUGGCAGAGUCAAUCACGGAAGGCACAUUGAAGCAGUUUUCGAAACAGGUUGGAGACUAUGUUGAGCAGGAUGAGGAAAUUGCGACCAUUGAAACAGAUAAGAUCGAUGUUUCUGUAAAUGCCCCGGAAUCCGGAACAAUCAAGGAGUUCCUGGUCAACGAAGAAGACACCGUUACUGUUGGUCAAGAUAUCGUGAAGAUGGAACCUGGAGGGGACCCUCCGAGUGGCGGUAGAGAAGAGGCCGGGCAGAGUCCAAAGGAGAGCGCAUCAAGAGACCAAGAGACAGCUUCACAGCCAAAAGGCGAACAGGAGCAGCAAAAAACCGAGGAUAUCUCACCAAAAUCUUCCGGAGAAAAGAUGCCAGAGCCAUCGAAACAAGAAAAGGUAUCUCAAUCCAGUCAGCUAAAUAAUCAAGAGCCACCCAAAAAACAGCAAGCAUCGUCGUCUAAGGAAUAUGAGACAAGAAAAUCCGAUUCGGCAUUUGGGAGUCGAGAGGAACGGCGUGUGAAGAUGAACAGGAUGCGUCUACGUAUCUCGGAAAGAUUGAAGCAGUCUCAGAACACCGCCGCCUCACUCACCACGUUUAACGAGGUUGAUAUGUCUUCUCUCAUGGACCUAAGGAAGCUAUAUAAGGAUGAGAUUCUCAAGAAGACAGGCGUCAAACUUGGCUUCAUGAGUGCCUUUUCGCGUGCUUGUAUUUUGGCAAUGAAGGAUCUACCGGCUGUGAACGCCUCCAUUGAGGGACCAAAUGGCGGUGACACUAUUGUGUAUCGCGACUAUGUCGAUAUUAGUGUCGCAGUGGCUACUGAAAAGGGUCUCGUCACCCCGGUCGUGCGCAACGCCGAGUCUUUAGAUCUAGUUGGCAUUGAGCAAUCCAUUGCAGACCUCGGAAAGAAGGCUCGUGACAACAAGUUAACCAUCGAAGACAUGGCCGGAGGUACAUUCACUAUUAGCAACGGUGGUGUCUUCGGUUCGCUCAUGGGUACUCCUAUCAUCAAUCUUCCACAGACCGCUGUUCUUGGUUUGCAUGCUAUCAAGGAGAAGCCGGUCGCAAUCGACGGAAAGGUGGAGAUUCGGCCAAUGAUGUACCUCGCGCUCACUUACGAUCAUCGCCUCCUUGAUGGUCGUGAAGCAGUAACUUUCUUAGUCAAGGCAUGGUAA